UCCUCAAAGCAUGGCUCCAACAGUACUCCGACUACCGCCGUAGACCCUCUAGUCAUGUGAAUGGAAGGGCUGGUGUUGAUAACACCAGCACGACAUCAUCUGGGUACAGCGAUCGGGGGCAAGGACAUCUCAGCUGA